UGCGGGACGCGGCUGCGCAUGCCAAACGGGCUCUGUACGUUUCGUUCAAACGUUUUUUUACCGCUAAAAUGACCAAUUCCGCAAUGUUUUCAACGUAACAACAGUUCAAAAACAAAAUGAAGUGUCAGUUCUUACAUUUGGUUCCGUGAGUGCAUAUUAUUGAGUGAUUAAACGACAUAGCAGAAGUAAAACAAAUGUGUGCGAUCCAUGUGUGAAUGUUGUGCUACAAAAUGUGGUCUAGAAACUUUAUACCGGAUUAUGGGAUUAGACUGCUGUCUCUAGCUGUUCUGCUGUCGCUGGCAGCGAGGAUCGAUGGUGUCGAAGGUUUCGUGUCCUGCUCACCAUCGCCGUGCAAGCACGGCGGCACCUGCCUCUCCACCCCUCGAGGGGAAUACUUCUGCAACUGCACGUCGAAAUACGCCGGGGAGUUUUGCCAGCACCUGAACCCUUGCCACAGCGAGUCCAGCUCGCGAUGCCAGAACGGGGGCACCUGCAGGGUCAAGCCUGGCAUUGGGGGGGCCCCGCCGUCUUUCUCCUGUGACUGUCCCCUGGGAUUCUCGGCGUCGCUGUGUGAGAUACGGGUGCCGACUGCGUGCGACUCGGCCCCGUGUCUGAACGGGGCGACGUGUCGGCUGACGUCGCUGUCGACGUAUGAGUGCGAUUGUCCACCUGGUUAUACAGGUGCCGAGUGCUCUCACGAAGACCACUGCGCGUCCCAACCUUGCCGCAACGGAGGCAGAUGCGUGGCCGACAACACCACCGCCGCCGGCUACUCUUGCGCAUGUCCCCCUGGAUUCACGGGCAACCGCUGCACAGAAGACGUGGUGGAAUGCACUAGCGGUUCAGGCCCGUGCCACCACGGAAGGUGCUUCAACACCCACGGAUCGUACACCUGCGUCUGCGAGCCGGGCUAUACGGGCCGGGACUGUGAUGCCGAGUACGUGCCGUGCAAACCGUCCCCGUGCCUUCAUGGAGGAAGGUGCACUACCUUGGAUCAGCUGAGAUACGAGUGCGACUGUCCUACUGGGUACCGCGGCCAGAACUGCGAGAUCGACAUUGACGACUGCCCUGGUCACCUAUGCCAGAACGGGGCAACCUGUGUGGACGGUCUCAAUACCUACACCUGCGAGUGUCCGCCGACUUUCACAGGGUCGCUGUGCGAGACUGAUGUCGACGAGUGCGCUUUGAGGCCACUGGUGUGUCAAAACGGAGCAACCUGCACCAACUCUGUUGGCGGAUUCUCCUGCAUCUGCGUCAACGGCUGGACUGGCCCCGAGUGUUCUGUCAACAUCGACGAUUGCGCCGGCGCAGCGUGCUUCAAUGGCGCCACCUGCAUCGAUAGAGUCGGGUCGUUCUACUGCAAGUGCACUCCUGGAAAGACUGGUCUCCUCUGCCAUCUGGACGACGCCUGCACCUCCAACCCGUGCCACGCCGACGCCAUCUGCGACACCAGCCCCAUCAAUGGGUCUUACACUUGCUCCUGCGCAUCUGGGUACAAGGGCCUCGACUGCUCUGAAGAUAUCGACGAGUGUGAACAAGGUUCCCCCUGCGAGCACGACGGCAUCUGCGUCAACACCCCCGGUUCCUUCGCUUGCAACUGUUCUGUGGGCUUCACCGGCCCCCGCUGCGAGACCAACGUGAACGAGUGCGAGAGCCACCCCUGCAGAAACGAUGGAUCUUGCCUGGACGACCCCGGCACCUUCAGAUGCGUCUGCAUGCCUGGCUUCACGGGCACCCAAUGCGAGGUGGAGAUCGACGAGUGCGCCAACAACCCAUGCCUCAACGGAGGAGUGUGCCACGACAUGAUCAACGCGUUCCGGUGCACCUGUGUCAUCGGGUUCACGGGAGCUCGUUGCCAGGUCAACAUUGACGACUGCGCUUCAAGUCCCUGCCGGAAUGGUGGCACCUGCCAUGACUCCAUCGCCGGAUACACUUGCGAGUGUCCCCCAGGGUACACAGGCAUGUCAUGCGAGACGAACAUCAACGAUUGCCUCUCUGGCCCAUGUCAUCGCGGCGAGUGCAUCGAUGGAGACAACAGUUUCACUUGCAACUGCCAUCCAGGCUACACCGGCCGUGUCUGCCAGACCCAGAUCAACGAGUGCGAGAGCAAUCCGUGCCAGUUUGGAGGUCAUUGUGAGGACUUGAUCGACGGCUACCAGUGUCGCUGCAAGCCGGGUACUUCUGGCAGGAACUGUGAGAUCAACGUGAACGAAUGCUACUCGAAUCCCUGCAGAAACGGCGCUACUUGCGUCGAUGGCAUCAAUAGGUACACCUGCGAAUGCAUCCCUGGCUUCACCGGCCAGCACUGCGAGACGAACAUCAACGAAUGUUUGCCGAAUCCGUGCGCGAACGGCGGCAAAUGCAUCGACCGCAUCAACGGCUUCCGCUGCGAGUGUCCCAGAGGGUAUUACGAUGCUAGAUGCCUGUCAGACGUGAAUGAAUGUGCUUCGAACCCCUGCAUCAACGGCGGCAGCUGUGAGGAUGGAGUCAACCAGUUCAUCUGCCACUGCUUGCCUGGAUAUGGAGGGCAACGCUGCGAGCGGGACAUCGACGAAUGCAGCUCUAACCCGUGCCAACAUGGCGGCACGUGUCACGAUCGGCUCAACGCGUAUAAAUGUGAUUGCGUGCUUGGAUUCACGGGAGUAAACUGCGAGACGAACAUCGACGAUUGCGCAGGCAAUCCCUGUUUACACGGCGGUUCGUGCAUCGACCUCGUCAACGGGUACCGCUGCGUGUGCGCACCGCCGCACUCUGGAAGAAACUGCGAGAAUACACUGGAUCCUUGCAUGCCCAACCAAUGUCGCCACGGAGGCCGCUGCGUCGCCGAAGCUUCGUACGCCGAGUUCACCUGCCAAUGCCCAGUGGGCUGGACCGGGGCCUUGUGCGAGCGAGACGUGGACGAGUGCGCCGUCAGCGCCCCCUGCCAUAAUGAAGCUACCUGUAUCAAUACUGAAGGCUCUUACGCAUGUCUGUGCGCUAGAGGAUACGAGGGCAAGGACUGCGCUAUCAAUACAGACGACUGCGCUUCGUUCCCCUGCCAGAACGGCGCGACGUGUCUCGACAGUAUCGGCGACUACAACUGCGUGUGCGCAAGCGGCUUCGCGGGCAAGCACUGCGAAGUGGAUAUAGACGAGUGUCAGUCCCGUCCCUGCAUGAACGGAGCUACUUGCAACCAGUACGUGGCCUCAUAUACAUGCACCUGCCCGCUCGGCUUCUCCGGAAUCAACUGCCAGACGAACGACGAAGACUGCACCGACUCUAGUUGCAUGAACGGUGGGACCUGCAUCGACGGCAUCAACUCGUACAACUGCUCCUGCCCGCCAGGGUAUACCGGUUCCAACUGCCAGUUCCGUAUCAACAUGUGCGACAGUUCGCCGUGCGACCACGGCGCCACCUGUCACGACCAUGUCACGUACUACACCUGCCACUGUCCGUACGGGUACACCGGGAAGCACUGCGAGGCUUAUGUUGAUUGGUGCGAAAACAACCCUUGCGAGAAUGGCGCAACGUGCUCCCAGAAAGGUCCUCAGUACACUUGUACUUGCGCCCCGGGCUGGUCUGGAAAGCUAUGCGAUGUCGAAAUGGUGUCGUGUAAGGACGCAGCUAUAAGAAAAGGCGUAAAACUAAAGCAACUCUGCAACAACGGCUCUUGCGAUGACAUCGGCAACUCCCACUACUGCCAUUGCCUCGAAGGAUAUACCGGAUCCUACUGCCAGAAGGAAAUCAACGAGUGUGACUCCGCCCCCUGCCAAAACGGGGCCGUUUGUAAAGACCUAGUCGGCACAUACCAAUGCCAGUGCGCCAAAGGUUUCCAAGGGCAAAACUGCGAACUCAACGUCAACGACUGCCUACCGAACCCAUGCCAAAAUGGAGGCACGUGCCACGAUCUCAUCAAUAACUUCUCCUGCUCCUGCCCAUUCGGAACUUUAGGCAAAAUAUGCGAAAUCAACGUCAAUGACUGCAAACAAGACGCAUGCCAUAACAACGGGACGUGCAUCGAUAAAGUAGGAGGCUUCGAGUGCAAAUGUCCACCUGGUUUUGUAGGCCCGAGGUGCGAGGGAGACAUCAACGAGUGUCUGUCCAACCCUUGCUUGUCCCCUGGCACACAAGACUGCGUGCAACUAGUCAACGAUUACCACUGCAACUGUAAGCCAGGGUAUAUGGGAAGGCACUGCGAUGCCAAAGUUAACUUCUGCGCCAAUUCCCCUUGUCAAAACGGAGGUAUAUGCACAGCUGUUCAAGGAGGACACGAAUGUCUUUGCAGCGAAGGAUUCUACGGGAAGAACUGCGAAUAUUCUGGAUACGCGUGUGACUCAAAUCCUUGUCAGAACGGAGGAUACUGUCGCACGUCAGAGAUAGGUGAUUACGUCUGCGAUUGUCCAUCAGGGUUGUCAGGAAUCAACUGUGAAAUUGAUUCCAUGAAUGAAUGUCUGAGUGGUCCUUGCAAGCAUCCAGAAGCGAGAUGCAUUGACAAUCCUGGCGAUUAUUUAUGCUACUGCCCCCGCCAAUGGACUGGUAAGAACUGUGACAUUCACGAUCCUCAUGCACGAGGUGGUUAUGGAAGUCCUGUGUCAGGAGUGUAUGGCAACGGCAAAAACCCUUCGCUGAACCUUCAGGAGUUAGAUCUGGCGUUCCAAAGAGAACAGUGCGUAAAACGCGGUUGCAAAGAAAAGCAAGGCGACCACCGAUGCGACGAAGAAUGUAACACCUUUGCUUGCGGCUUCGAUGGCAACGACUGUUCCCUUGGCAUCAACCCUUGGGCGAACUGCACAGCUCCUAUAAAGUGUUGGGAGGUCUUCAUGAAUGGGGAGUGUAACGAAGUCUGCAACACUCAAGCUUGCUUGUUUGACGGAAGGGACUGUGAGAAAUCUCUCCAAAGAUGCAACCCGAUAUACGACGCUUACUGCCAGAAACACUAUGCCAACGGCCAUUGUGAUUAUGGAUGCAACAACGCUGAGUGUAACUGGGACGGUCUUGAUUGUGAAAAUGAACCACCAGAGUUAGCUGAAGGAGUCAUGUCCGUGAUCCUUUUGAUGGACGUAAUAACAUUCAAAGAGACCUCUGUGGCUUUCUUGCGAGAUUUAGGACAUCAGCUGCGAACCACUGUGCGGAUCAAAAAGGAUCAUCUUGGCAACGACAUGGUAUACCAAUGGAACGGACUCAAAGACGUCGGUCUUCAAAACACCGAGUUCGGCAAGAAACACCAGAUCAUUCUCACUGAAAGAGCACAGUCCGGAGUCCAUGUUUACUUGGAGAUCGACAACAGAAAGUGUACAAUGACGACCGGAUCCGAAUGCUUCUUCUCUGCCAGCGAAGCGGCUGAGUUCUUAGCAGCUACGGCUUCAAAACACUCCUUGUCUUCAGACUUUCCUAUAUUUCAAGUUAAAGGUGUGAAUACGCCAGCAGAUGGAGAAGACAUCCAAACCAACUCCAAAUACGUCUUCAUCGGCGUCAUACUAGUUUUGUUAGCUGGCUUGCUUAUGGGAGUUCUAGUCACAGCACAAAGAAAGCGCGCUGCUGGUAUAACAUGGUUCCCUGAAGGAUUCAUCAACAAUUCGUCUUCAAGACGCAGAUCAAGAAGGCGUGGUCCUGAUGGGCAAGAGAUGAGGAAUUUGAAUAAGGGGUCGAUUGGGUGCAUUGACGUGGAUAUCAAUGGGGGUCAUAUGGGACCUCCUCACUGGUCGGAUGACGAUGACGAUGGUGGCGCUCCUCCAAGAGCUAAGAGGGCUAGAGGUCCUGGAGACGCGAAUGGGGCUCCUGGAGGAUAUGCGUCAGACCACACGGCGAUAACGGAUUAUGAGGAAGCGGGACACGAUUCAAGGGUCUGGACGCAGCAGCAUUUGGAUGCCGCGGACAUCAGAGUGCCUCCUAGCAUGAUGACGCCACCGGCUAUCCACGACGGUCACGUAGACGUAGACGCACGAGGGCCUCUCGGCAUGACGCCUCUCAUGGUAGCCGCCGUCAGAGGAGGAGGCCUGGACACAGGAUCCGAUGCUGAAGAUGAGCAGACAGCUCACAUCAUAAGCGAGCUGGUGGCUCAGGGCGCUCAGCUGAACGCUGCUAUGGACAAGACUGGGGAGACUAGCCUACACCUUGCUGCUAGAUACGCCCGCGCGGACGCAGCCAAGCGUCUCCUCGACGCAGGAGCAGACGCGAACUCUCAAGAUAAUACCGGUCGCACACCGCUUCACGCGGCGGUUGCGGCCGAUGCCAUGGGAGUCUUCCAGAUAUUACUGAGGAAUAGGGCCACGAACCUCAACGCUCGGAUGCAUGACGGCACCACGCCGCUCAUACUGGCUGCCAGGCUAGCCAUAGAGGGCAUGGUAGAAGACCUGAUCAACGCGGACGCGGAUAUAAAUGCUGCGGACAACAGCGGCAAGACGGCGCUGCACUGGGCCGCAGCGGUCAACAAUGUGGACGCUGUCAAUGUGCUGUUGAUGCAUGGUGCCAACCGGGACGCACAGGAUGAUAAGGACGAGACUCCACUAUUCCUUGGCGCUCGCGAGGGCUCCUACGGGGCCUGUCGGGCACUGCUCGACGCGAUGGCCAACCGAGAGAUCACAGACCACAUGGACCGACUGCCCAGAGACGUGGCUCAAGAAAGGAUGCAUGAUGACAUCGUCAGGCUGCUGGAUGAGCAUUGUCCAAGGCCGCCGCCGCAGCAUCAUCACCUUAUGCCGUCUCCAAACCCACACCCGCAGCUGAUCAGCCAGCCAACGGUGAUAAGCUCCGCGGCUAAAGGCAAGCCCAAGAAGGCGCGCGCCAAAGCCGGGCCCGACAGCCCGCAGGACCAGCUCUACGACAACAACAAUCUGCAGCACACGCAGAUCAGACGGAAGCCGAGUGUAAAAAAGAACAACAAGAAAGUGGCGCAGGAGGUGCCACAGAGCGUUGAGAGCCUGGGCUCUAGCCUCAGUCCAGUUGAAUCACCGCUCCAAAAUUUACAGGACUUGCCGUCGCCGUACGACGCGACGUCGCUGUACUCGAACACGAUGGCGCAGUUCGCAGGCAUGGAGCAGCUCGUGCAGCACAAGCAGCCGCCCAGCUAUGAGGACUGUGUCAAGACGGGUCAGACGCUGCACCAGUCGUACGGCGGCGGCGCGCUGGGCGCGUCGUUGUCGCCGCCCUACUCGAACCACUCGCCCACGCACAGCAACCAUACUACGUCACCGCACGCGUAUCUAGGGUCCCCCUCGCCAGGCAAGUCGCGGCCGUCGCUGCCGACGUCACCAGCGCACAUGGCUGCGCUGCGCCACUCGCACCACCACUCGCAUCAUCUCGACGCCGCCGCCUCCGCCACCGCCGCCGCCUACUCGGCGCUCGCGCAUUUAGGAGGUAACGGCCAACAUAAUCCGCAGCUGCAGGCGAUGAUGACGCACGCGGCCGCGCUGGGACAAGUGCAGGGCGCACAGCACCCCGCGCUCAAUAGCCUAAGCUUAUACGGCAGUUGGGGUCUAGGAGAGACGUUCCCGACCCCAUCACCAGAAUCCCCAGACCACUGGUCUUCACCGUCACCACAAACGCCUCUGACCCAGUCGCCCCAUUCUGACUGGUCCGACCGCGCCGCGUUGUCCCCCAACGAACUACAACAAACUAACAAAGGCGCCACAGAAGCCAUCUACAUAUAAUAUAAAGUAAGUCUCAGAUUGUAAAAACGUGGCUCAAGCCAAUAAAUUGUACAAAGUUACUAAUGAUAUUAAAACGCACCUUGUAUAUUUGUUAUGAAAUGCCAUUUUCAUUCGGGCACUUAGAUUUUAUCACGAUAUCUGACAGGAGUUGGUGAAAAGACGUAACUGCAGUUACGACGUUUGCUGAUUUUUGUAUGGCAUUGUAGUAUGAAGGUGUAUGACUCGAUAGAAAUCUCAAGGUGCUAGCGUGCCGUAGAUAUAGACUGAUAUGUACAGCCAUGACUCGUAGAUGUUACAUAGUUUAGCACUAACUAUGCACUAACUCAAUCUCACACAUGACAAGACUACCGGUGAUCCAUCGCUUACGCAGGCCUCGUUGUAUCGAUGGUUGAAAUUAAAAAGGACGUAAAUGUAAUUUUCAGAUUUUUAUGUCAUUAUUAUUAUAAAUUAAAAAAUUAAUUAUUGUAACCAUAACUUUAAUACUUUGAAUAGGUAAUUUGGUUUCAUACAGAGGCUGUUUUCAGAACUUAUUGCAAAUGAACGCACCGACAUUUUGUAAUAAAUUUAUUGACAAUAUAUCUUGUAAUACAUGAAUUGUUGUUGUUAAAUGUUUUUAUUGCCUUGUUUAUAUAUAACUCAGUGUUUUAAAUCAUUAAUUUUAAUGGGAUUAUAAUAUUUUGCAUUUUGAGAUUGUUUUUUGUAUCUGGAGGGAAAUUAUUUAUGUGUGAUUCCGUAGCACCUAGCUAGAUCCAGUAAUGUUCGUUCGGCAGCACAUCUACCUAUCACAAAAUGUCAAUUUCCUCAAUUCAUUUUGAGCCUUACGCUACAGGCAUAAACUUUAAAAUGUUUGUAUGAAAUUCAUAUAUUUUGGUAGGUUGACAUGCUGUCGUCUGUACUGUAGUGUAUGUAGAUUGUUUAUACUUGUUUCUAACACCGAGAUAAUAUUGUAAUACCAAAAUUAAUAUGAACAAUGUAUUUUGUUAUUAUGGCCAUUAAACGAAACUGUUUUGUAAAACAAAAUCUUUAUCAAGAAUAAUACUUAUUCGAUGUUAAAAAUCUUUGAGAAUUUUGUAAGCGAAUUAAAUAAAAUUAUAUCGGUCUUAGACACAAUGGUCUUAGAUUUUUAAUAGUGAAUCUCAACUGAGAUUGAUGCCUCUUUAUUUUAAAUGUUUUUUCUUUUUAUUUGACUGUCUGGAAAUUUUAAUGAAUUUUAAUUUAUUUCUAUUUUAUAGGCAUCAACCUCAGUUGUAGGUGGUAUAGUUAGUGGUUAAAGAAGUUCUAAGUAUCUUCCGCUUUUUACUAAGUCAUUCCAUUUUUGCUUCCAAGUAAUUCAUAUUUUAUGAGGUGGUUAUUUUGCGUAAAUGUAAUAUCAAUCUGCAUGGGAAAUUAUCCGACUUUCUUUUAUAAUUAGAGAUUUAUAAGUUUAAAAAUAAUCGAAAAAAGUAUACUCAUUCGAAUUCCAAUAGAGUUACCUAAGAAUGCUCACAUAACAUUCCAAAAAAUGUACCACCUCAAGCACAAUACGUUUUCUAAAAAGUACGGAUACCGUACUUUAAGAUCUCAUCAUUCCAUUAUGUCGCUUUAAAACCCUUCCAAAUUAUUCUAUCGUUAACCUUGGGACCACACUCUAUGCUCAAUUACGUAUUUUAGAACUCCACACUUUGUAUGAUAUUAUUUCUAGAUUGUUAAGUUGAACUUCUGCCGAUGUCGUGGUGUGAAAUGCUUACAAUAUUGUAAAUAUUACUUUUAUUUUUUUUAUAAUAUUUAAAUUCGAAUGAGAAUGAUCUUCGUAGUGUUAUUUUAGUUUUUAAGGGUUAACUUUAUAUUUUUUCUGUGUCAUCAUUACGUGCCAAGGAGCCAAUUGUCAUCUUCAUUUGGAAGAAAAGAACAACACUGAAAUAAUUGUGUAAAAAAUAUUUUAAAAUGUCAUACAUUAUUGUAAAAAAUAAUUCGAAACGUUAUGAAAAAAAAAAAACCAUUACCAAUACUUUCGGAUCUUAAAGUUGGUAAAUAUUAUACCUACCUGUAGAAGCAUUUUAUCCUAACGUGUUGUGACUUCAAGCAAAUUCCGUGAUAACUGUAUAACUAUUAGUUAGAGUAAGUAAGAGUACAGAUAAGCGAAACCGCGUGCUUCCUUUAAAUGCAUUCUCUUUUAUAUUUAAGCGUACUCAAUGGUGUCAAGUAAAAGUACAAAUGUUGUGUGUAAUAAUGUUUUGCCUCGAUUUUAAUUAUAAUAGACACGUACAUUUGAGGAUAUUGUAAGCUGUGAAGAAAGUAACAUGAUAAAAAAUAUAUUUGAUAAUAUUUUUUUACUAAUUUGUUAAUUUUUAAAAAUAAUUUAUAAAUUUCAGAUACGACCUUUUUCAAUUCGAGGCAAACGUUACAAAUUAUGUAAUUCUGUAUAUCAAACUUUGAUGAAUUGUUAAAAAGCAUACGAAAUGGGCACAAAAUGUGUGAAAAUGUAUGAUCUUCAAUCUCUGCGUGCCUUUAAAUUUAGCUGUAAGUGUAGGGACGUUUUGUAAUUUAAACUAUUCAGCAUAGUUUAGAAGAUCAAUUAGUUUUAGAUUCCUGUAAAUACAUUUUAUCAUUAUUUUUAUGAAAUGCAUUUCUUUGUAAGAUUCUGAAACUUGAGGAGAAUGAACUUUUAAAUAUUUCCCCUUAACUGACAAUAAAGGAAUAAAAUUAAA